GCGGCCGAUGACGCAUCGGUCCGCGACGCGAAAAGGUCAUACGGGAUCUUCCAACAUGGCGGCGGCGACGCUGCGGGGUGGUUGGUACCGCUGUCCGCGGGGAUCCCUCGGCAGUGGAAUCCAGUUUCUUUCCAGCCACAACCUACCCCGUGGUUCGACCUAUCAGAUAGGCCGAGCAGGUAGAGAACUGCCACUGUCCAAAUCGUAUUCUUCUGGAAGUAGAAAAGGCUUUCUGUCUGGCUUACUAGAUAAUAUCAAACAAGAAUUAGCGAAAAACAAAGAAAUGAAAGAAAGUAUUAAAAAAUUCCGAGAUGAGGCCAGAAAACUGGAAGAGUCAGAUGCACUCCAGGAAGCCAGAAGGAAAUACAAAACCAUUGAAUCGGAAACUGUUCGGACCAGUGAAGUGAUACGAAGGAAGCUGGGGGAGCUGACGGGCACUGUGAAAGAGAGCCUUGAUGAAGUCAGUAAAAGUGACCUUGCCCAGAAAAUCAAGGAGGGUAUGGAGGGAGCAGCCAAAACAGCCAAACAGUCGGCAGAGUCAGUGUCCAAGGGCGGGGAGAAGCUUGGCAGGACGGCAGCCUUCAAAGCCCUCUCCCAGGGGGUGGAGUCUGUGAAGAAAGAGAUAGACGACAGUGUCCUGGGGCAGAUUGGGCCCUACCGCAGGCCCCAGCGACUCCGGAAGCGGACGGAAUUUGCAGGAGAGAAAUUCAAGGAAGAAAAAGUGUUUGAGCCCAAUGAGGAGGCCCUGGGGGUUGUGCUACACAAGGACUCCAAGUGGUACCAGCAGUGGAAGGACUUCAAGGACAACAACGUGGUGUUCAACCGGUUCUUUGAGAUGAAGAUGAAAUAUGAUGAGAGUGACAAUGUGCUCAUUCGGGCGUCCCGGGCCCUAACAGACAAGGUCACUGACUUGCUGGGGGGCCUGUUCUCCAAGACAGAGAUGUCGGAGGUGCUCACGGAGAUCCUCCGGGUAGACCCAGCCUUUGACAAGGACCGGUUUCUGCAGCAGUGUGAGAAUGACAUCAUCCCUAACGUCCUGGAGGCUAUGAUUUCUGGAGAACUUGACAUUCUCAAAGACUGGUGUUAUGAAGCUACAUACAGCCAGCUGGCCCACCCGAUCCAGCAGGCCAAGGCCCUGGGUCUCCAGUUCCACUCCCGCAUUCUAGACAUCGACAAUGUUGACCUGGCCAUGGGCAAGAUGAUGGAACAGGGCCCUGUGCUCAUCAUCACCUUCCAGGCCCAGCUGGUGAUGGUAGUCAAGAACCCCAAAGGCCAGGUGGUUGAGGGCGACCCGGACAAGGUGCUGCGAAUGCUGUAUGUGUGGGCGCUCUGCAGAGACCAGGACGAGCUCAACCCCUACGCAGCCUGGCGGCUCCUAGACAUCUCUGCCUCCAGCACGGAGCAGAUCCUCUGAGCGUGGCCAUCACAGCCAGGCCCACCCCCCACCCCCAAGCUGGAUCACCAGGCUGGGAUGCCCAGGGACACUUGCAGAAACUCCAGACCUCUAGGGAUAAGACUGGGCUCUGCCCCCAGUUCUUCCAGGACACCCCAAACCAGCUGGCUAGGAAAGGGGCUGAGGGCUACUGAGGGUGCCUAGCGCCUGGACACACACUGUGCAGUGCCAGCUCCUGCCCUGCCCCUCUGCCACUUGGGGGUGUACAGGCCACACAGUGCCAAGAGGCCCUGGGACCUAGGGGUGGGGAUAGUGGGCAGAGGGCCAGGCCCUGCUGCUCAGAGUGGCCUACUGGCCAUGUCAGGUCAUUUUAGAUAUGUUUUUUAUUUUAAACAAUGCUCUCUUUUCCUGUACCUAAGCCUGACAUUUGGAAGUAAUAAAACAGCAAGUGCAGAAGAGUAA